UCUUCACGUUCUCGUGGCGCGGCGCAGGCGUACUGGGUCCUCGGCGCGGACCGCGCAGACUGAAUAAUAAAAGGGGAGCGGCGAAGAGGCAGGAAGACAAGACCAUGUCGAAGGGCCCCGGGCCCGGCGGCUCCGCAGCUUCCUCGGCGCCCCCGGCCGCUACCGCUCAGGUGCUGCAGGCACAGCCCGAGAAACCGCAGCACUACACGUACCUGAAAGAAUUCCGCACGGAGCAGUGCCCACUCUUUGUGCAACACAAAUGCACGCAGCAUCGGCCCUACACCUGCUUCCACUGGCACUUCGUGAACCAGCGGCGCCGCCGGUCCAUCCGCCGUCGGGACGGCACCUUCAAUUACAGCCCUGACGUCUACUGCACCAAGUACGACGAGGCUACAGGCCUCUGCCCGGAGGGCGACGAGUGCCCAUUCCUGCACAGAACCACAGGAGACACUGAGCGCAGGUACCACCUUCGUUACUACAAAACUGGAAUCUGCAUCCACGAGACAGACUCAAAAGGCAACUGCACCAAAAACGGCCUGCACUGCGCUUUUGCCCACGGGCCCCAUGACCUCCGCUCCCCUGUCUACGACAUCAGGGAGCUUCAGGCCAUGGAGGCCUUGCAGAAUGGCCAGACCACAGUAGAAGGGAGCAUAGAGGGCCAGUCGGCUGGGGCUGCGAGCCACGCCAUGAUAGAAAAGAUCCUCAGCGAGGAGCCUCGGUGGCAAGAGACUGCUUAUGUGCUGGGGAACUAUAAGACGGAGCCUUGCAAGAAGCCCCCGCGGCUGUGCCGCCAAGGCUAUGCCUGUCCCUACUACCACAACAGCAAGGACCGGCGGCGGAGCCCCCGGAAGCACAAAUACAGGUCAUCUCCAUGUCCAAACGUCAAGCACGGGGAUGAGUGGGGAGACCCUGGCAAGUGUGAGAACGGAGACGCCUGCCAGUACUGCCACACCCGCACCGAGCAGCAGUUCCACCCCGAGAUCUACAAGUCCACCAAGUGCAACGACAUGCAGCAGUCGGGCAGCUGUCCCCGAGGACCCUUCUGCGCCUUUGCCCACGUAGAACAGCCACCCCUAAGUGACGACCUGCAGCCUUCCUCAGCUGUGUCCAGUCCCACCCAGCCGGGUCCUGUCCUGUACAUGCCGUCUGCCGCCGGAGACUCGGUGCCUGUGAGCCCCUCCAGCCCGCAUGCCCCUGACCUCAGUGCCCUCCUCUGUAGAAACAGCAGCCUAGGCAGCCCGUCUAACCUCUGCAGCUCCCCGCCGGGCUCCAUCAGGAAGCCCCCAAACCUGGAGGGCAUUGUCUUCCCAGGGGAGUCUGGCCUGGCCCCUGGCAGCUAUAAGAAGGCUCCCGGCUUCGAGAGGGAAGACCAGGUGGGAGCCGAGUACCUGAAAAAUUUCAAAUGCCAGGCCAAAUUAAAACCCCACUCAUUAGAGCCCAGGAGUCAAGAGCAGCCUCUGCUUCAGCCCAAACAGGACAUGCUGGGCAUCCUCCCCGCAGGCAGCCCCCUGACCUCAAGCAUCUCUUCUAGUAUCACCUCCAGCCUGGCAGCUACCCCCCCUAGCCCAGUGGGCACCAGCAGCGUCCCCGGCAUGAAUGCAAACGCUCUGCCCUUCUACCCCACCAGCGACACGGUAGAGUCAGUCAUAGAGUCUGCUUUGGAUGACUUGGACCUGAAUGAGUUUGGUGUGGCCGCCCUGGAGAAGACUUUCGAUAACAGCACAGUGCCCCACCCAGGAAGCAUCACCAUCGGCGGCAGCUUGCUGCAGAGCUCUGCGCCCGUGAAUAUCCCCGGCUCCUUGGGCAGCUCUGCCUCCUUCCAUUCAGCAUCCCCGUCCCCUCCUGUCAGCAUCUCCUCGCAUUUCCUGCAGCAGCCCCAGGGCCACCUGAGCCAGUCGGAAAACACAUUUUUGGGAACCUCAGCAUCACAUGGAUCUUUGGGUCUGAACGGGAUGAACAGCAGCAUCUGGGAGCACUUUGCCUCUGGAAGCUUCUCCCCGGGCACUUCCCCCGCUUUCCUAUCAGGGCCAGGGGCUGCUGAGCUGGCCCGACUUCGGCAAGAGCUGGAUGAAGCCAACAGCACCAUCAAGCAGUGGGAGGAGUCCUGGAAGCAGGCCAAGCAGGCUUGUGAUGCCUGGAAGAAAGAGGCAGAGGAGGCUGGUGAGCGGGCCAGUGUGGCGGGCGCCGAGUGCGAGCUGGCCCGGGAGCAGCGGGAUGCACUGGAGGUGCAGGUGAAGAAACUCCAGGAGGAGCUGGAGCGGCUACAUGCAGGGCCCGAGCCCCAGGCCCUGCCCUCCUUCUCUGACCUGGAGACGCUCUCACUCUCCACCCUCUACUCCCUCCAGAAGCAGCUGCGGGCCCAUCUGGAACAAGUGGACAAGGCCGUGUUCCACAUGCAGUCGGUGAAAUGCCUUAAGUGUCAGGAACAGAAGCGGGCAGUGCUGCCGUGCCAACAUGCUGCACUGUGUGAGCUCUGCGCUGAGGGCAGCGAGUGCCCCAUCUGCCAGCCUGGCCGGGCCCACACCCUCCAGUCGUGACCCUGCAGGCCUGGCCCAGCCUGGCCCAGAUCUUCUCACCUAGGACUUUUUAAAGUAUAUAUAUAUAUAUAUAUGAAUAUAUAUA